AUGUUGAGCAACAUCAAGGAGACUUUCGCGGUCGUUCUGGCCUUGACUGCCGCAGUCUACCCCUCUUCGGCAUCACCCAGCGCCAAACGCAACGCCAAUAGCUUUCUUCCCGACCAGAACGUAAUGGAAAUUCCGCAGUCCUCUGAUGCAAUCAAGUACGGACACUGCUACAAGAUCAAAAACCAAGACAACGAAGACCUUGGUCAUCUUCCCGCCUACCCAAGCUGGAACUACCUAGGCUUCGGCUCCAACGUCAAAGCCGCUCACUUCAAGGUCUGCCAGAACCUUGGAAAAUGUCACGACCCAAACAGAGGCUCUCAGGAACUCUGGAACAAGGCUCGGUUCUGGCUUUUUGACGUUGAUGGCAAUGCAUUUUCACCUCGUGGUGAGUUCGUCGCUGCGAACUCUCCUCCUUUUGGUGGUAACAAGAACAUGUAUCCUGGAGGAGGCGCUUAUCGAUACUAUGUCAACUUCUGGGUUGACAAUGACUGUGCCGAUCGGGAUCAAAAUGCUGCUGGUCGCUGCAAGGUCAGGUUGCACAUUGACAACUUGCGAGAUGAUAAGGGUUUACAGAUCGUGGGUGGUCAAUUCAAGGUCACUACCAAGGAUGAGUCUAUCGUUGUUUCAUUCCAGGAGGUCGACUGUCCUGAUUCUAGGAUCAUGGGGGACCAUGUCUCUGACCUUUAA